GUUAUCGUCGCAGGCGUCGCAGCAUAGGCGUAGUAGCAGUGUGUAAGCCUUUGCUCGUGCGACGACCAUCGCAAAUUAACGACCAUUGCAAAAAGGGGCGGACUUCACGGGACGCACCAUCGGGAUCGCAAAGGCUGCCAUUUCACGUCCGUUGCAAAACGAACUUAUCAGUAGCUGCCGAGGCCCUUCCAAGUUAGGCUUCAUAAAGCUCUAUCAAAGGACGCAGCUUUCAGAAUCUGUUCGUUGCGGUACGAUCUGGUGCUGUUGCCAUUACGAAAAAGACCAAGCUUGUAGGACGCUUAGACGGUCGGGAAAUCCGUUUCGUUCGUCAGUGUCAUAUUUCAAACUUGUGAAGAUGGGCGGAGUUAUUCUGUUUGCGGUCAUCGGCUUUUUGUCCACAACUUCCACAGCAACGCUUUACGGCGCAGACACUACGUGUGACUUCACGGGCCUCCGAUUGGUCAACGAGCUUUCGCGGAUGCUCGGCAGGCUUCCAGAAAAUCACGCUUUCGGCCCACAGAGGCUCCGCCCGUUCUGGCCCGGGCUCGAACUCGGUGGACUCUCCGCGGAAGGCCUCAACAAGUUGCGUCUUUACGGACCCCUCUUUCCAUACUGCAUCAACGGAACCCGCAUGCUUCAAGUCGACUUUUUAAAUGAUGGCGAUACCACUUUGUCUUUGCCAUGGAAGACUUGUUCAGGACACGAAGGUCGCUUCAAGCUUCGCACAAUGUUGUCCAGAUUCACCGCCCAAUUUCGCGUGGUGGAGUCGGCUGGAAACGAAGUCAAGCUGGAACCUAUGGGUCGCAUUGUUCCUGUUACGACCGACGGUAUCCGAGUUGCAAUCGAAGGUGCGGGUAGCGAGGUGCGCACCGCGUUUGAAGUCCUGAGCGCAAUGUUUCCUGGCGUGGUUAAUGAGGUGUGGUAUUGGAAGUUUUCUCUUGUGUUUGACCGAACCUUCCGCGAACUCGUUGAAUGAACGAUGAUUCAACAAAGUGACAAUCAGUGCACCAUAACGGCGCGUGAUUCGCCCACCCAUGAGUGGCCAGUAAUAUAGCAUUGCGAAUACUGGCAUACACUUAGUAAACGAACCUAAUAAGAUAUGAAUUCGUUCGUGAAGCUUACUUUUUAUUCUCCGUAACUUCCGGCCUGGGCUUCGUGCCAAAAUGCCAUGCGAAACCUACAGUACUCGAUAGGAAUUCAAGCUUAGCUACAAGCUUUCGUCAUAAUCGUUUAAUAAUUUCGGCUGUACAGUCUUCUACAGUCUCAUUGUCGAAGUGAUUCAGCAGCGAAUAAUUAAGAACGGCAAUCUUCCAUGUUGUCUGGAAAUGAUUCAUUACGGUUUGUUGUACAACUACCGUGUCAAACUAUAUCUUCGUUUUUAAUGUGUAAUAAAGCGAUCCUGCCUUUGUAUGA